ACUGGUGAUAACGGUGUUUGAGUGUGUCAACGUCAGAGCUUUGUACCGCCAGAUUUUAAAAUAUUAUUAAUAACAUUAUUUAUGAAAAAUAAAAAGAAAUAUAUUAGUUUUAGUAAAACAUUACUGUUUACUAUAUUUUCAAAAUAAUUUUUAUAUUAAAUCACAUGACUUUUAUGUUAACUACUAAUUAUAUUUGUGUCUUGAGAGUCGUAUGUGCGCAGAAGAGUGAAUUGAUAAAACCGAAGGCGUAUAGAUUUUUCGUUAGUCUUCGCCAAAACUACCAACUGAAUAGUUACAUCCAAAGACCCGAAAAGAACAUGUUGCGAAUUCAUGGGUUAUGUGUCAUUAACCGACUAAAAAUACCAUCAAGACAAGAUGUCAGAAGUUUAUCAAAGAUAACGCAAAUAGAACCAGAGAAACCUGAAAUUAAAACAGCCGUUCCCGGACCCAAGACAAAUGCCCUGCUAAAAGAACUAUCCGCUUUACAGCAAGCAGACUCUGUACAGUUAUUUGCUGAUUUUAAUCAAAGCAUCGGUAACUACUUUGUGGACGCUGAUGGAAAUACCUUUUUGGAUGCCUUCACGCAAAUAUCGUCAGUCCCUAUCGGUUAUAACCACCCUGAAUUGUUAAAAGCUUUCGAUGAUAAACACAAUCUGCAAUCACUAAUAAAUCGACCAGCUUUGGGUGCGUUCCCGCCUCAAGAUUGGCCAAAAAAAUUGAAUAGUGUGUUGAUGUCAGUAGCUCCGAAAGGCCUCAAUGGGGUUUCCACAAUGAUGUGCGGUUCUUGCGCAAAUGAAAAUGCUUAUAAGAGUGUCUUCAUAUGGUAUCGUAAGAGAGAACGCGGUGGAAAGGUCGAGUUUACACCGGAGGAAAUAGCAUCAUGCAUGGCCAACCAACCGCCGGGAUCUCCUAAUCUUUCAAUUUUGUCAUUUCAGGGAGGUUUCCAUGGUCGUACCUUUGGAGCUCUUACGACUACUAGAUCUAAAGCAAUACACAAAUUGGAUUGUCCUGCAUUCGACUGGCCCCAGGCUCCCUUCCCGAGAUACAAGUAUCCUCUCGAUCAGAAUGAGCGAGAAAAUAAAAAAGAAGAUGAAAAAUGCCUUAAACAAGUUGCCGAUGCUAUUGAGAAAUACAAAAACAAAGGGAUCCCAGUUGCCGGUAUUGUUGUAGAGCCCAUACAGUCCGAAGGUGGCGACAACGAGGCGUCACCUUACUUCUUUCAAAAACUACAAAAGAUAUGCAAAAAGAAUGGAAUAGCGCUCCUUAUCGACGAAGUGCAGACCGGUUGCGGGCCGACGGGCAAGAUGUGGUGCUAUGAACACUUUGACCUACCCUCACCACCGGACGUGCUCACCUUCAGCAAGAAAAUGUUGACCGGAGGAUACUAUUUUAACGUCGAAACCAAACCAUCUCACCCAUACAGAAUAUACAACACAUGGAUGGGCGAUCCCGGCAAGUUAAUUUUGCUGGAAAAGGUCUUGCAAGUUAUUAAAAAUGAUAAUUUGCUUUCGGUUGUAAACGAAAGUGGAAAAGUUUUGAAAGAUGGUUUGCACCAACUGGAAAAUGAAUUUCCCAAUCUGAUCAAUUGUGUGCGAGGGCGAGGAACGUUCUUGGCCUUCAAUUCUCCUACGGCUGCAAUUCGAGAUAAGAUAAAUACAAAUUUAAAGAAAAAUGGUGUGCUUGGAGGUGUUUGUGGAGAUAACACUAUACGUCUAAGACCAGCACUUAUUUUCCAGAAGAAACACGCUAAUAUCUAUCUAGACAUUUUGCGAAAAACUCUAAAGGAAAUGUAAAAUAAUUAAAAAAAAAAUAAUGUCAUCAUUAUUCACAAUAUUGCGAUUUGUGAUUACUUCCAGUAUUAUUUUACAGCAAUAUUUUGUUAAGUAUUUAAGACUUUUAAAGAUAUUGAUUAAGUUUAUUUUGUCUUUUUUCAGUAAGAUGACCAUUUAUUAUAUUAAUCAUUAUAAGAUAAUUGUAAAAUCGCAUGCCUCAAAAAUGUCUUCCAAUGAUAAUGUGCAUAUUUAUAAAUAGAUAAUUAACUUUAAUCUUAGUUUAAUAAAAAAAAAUGCUUUUUAAA